AUGGCGACGAAGCAGGGCGGGGAGGCCGGCGGGGUGUCAAAGAACAUUGACCGCUACACCUUUGAGCUGGCGGACCCCAGUGGGGUGGCGAACUUCACCGCCUUUGGGAAGGUCACGAAGGAUUUUUUGCACGCCUUUGCCGAGACGAAGCACUACGAGGCGCUUCUCAGCGCCUUCCUUCAGGCUCUCUUCGUGGACCCGAACGCCAUCAGCGAGAAGAACUAUAGGGAGCUGGAGAGCGGCUUGGUCGCACGGGUCAACGCCUUCCUCGCCGACGAGCGCGCCCACGACAAGGACCGCCUGCUGAAGGGCCGCAAGCCGGUUUUUGACCUGGCCGAGGAGGAGGAGGAGGACCAGGAGGAGGCGGAGCCCGUCCUCACCGAGGAGGAGCUGCGGCAGCAGGAGGCGGAGCGGCUUGAGCGGGAGCGGCAGGAGGAAGAGCGCCUGGCCGCGCGUGAAGAGGAGCGCCGACGGAACGAGGAGCUCCUGCGUUCUCGCGCCCGCCAGGUGGACGCGAAGGCGAUGGAGAAGGUUCUCCAGGGGGCGAUGCUGCUGAACCCCGGCAACCAGAAGGCCAAGGGCGGGGGCAAGCAACAGCAACAGGUGACAGCGGAGGAGCUGCGAGAGAUGGAGUCGCAGGUGGCGCACCUCAUGAAGGAGAAGGAGCGUCUGCAGGCUGUGCUCCACACGAGCGAGGACGAACUGCCCGCAAGGUUGGAGGGCGCAAAUAAGGAGCUGGAGGAGGUGCUCGCCCAACUGGGCGGUGGAGGUGGCGGGGCCGGCGGGGGCGCCGCGAAGGCGACGCCGAUGCAGCCGAAGCAGCUGAACGCCCGCUUUGCCGAGCUGAAGCAAAAGCUCUCGAAGCAGACCAUGGAGCGUAACCGGCUGGCACUGCAGCUGAAAGCCCAGCCACACCCUCUCCGCGAGGAGAUCUUGUCGGUGAUGCAGAAGCGCGAUGAGGCGCAAAUAAAACUCAACGCCGUCUAA